AUGCAAUACCAACAACUUCCUGAACACCCUGAAUACUCUCAACAAACAGCUCAACAAUACCAAACGGUCCCUCCACAAUAUAAUCCACAACCAUAUGUUGUUCAACCCAAUGUUGACCAACAAGAAAAUAAAAGUAUUUAUAGUGAAAACAAUGAAAGUAAUACAUCUGCUAUCUUGUUUGCUUUAGGAUUCUUGUGCUGUUGUGUUUGGUGUUAUGGGUGGUGCCAAUAUAGACACUCUACAAAUAGCCAAGCCCGUAUGUUUGCAGUCUUGUCAAUGGUAUUUUUCAUUGUUUCAACAGUCAUUAUAGUCAUAAGCAUUGGAUUCAGUAUUGUUAUGAUUAUUAUUAGUGUCGCUCUAGCUGCAGCAGCUACAACUGUUGACCCCUACUAA